ACGUGACGUAGCAAGCAAGAUUAUACAUACUAUAUGUGUAUAUAUGUAAUUCAGCGGCACACAAACUUAAGAAUAUCUUCAGUGCUCUCCCGUGCUCACCGUGGAGGAAAUUUCAAGAGCAUAGAUCAGCAAAAAUAAGAAAAAUUUAUAUGUAUCUAAACAUAUAUACAGACAAACAAGAGUUUACAUACAGAAAUUUUUACCAACGCAAUCAGUGUGUAAUAUUUUAAAAAUCUUGCAUCAUUUUUUGACGCUGUGCGAAAUACGUCAUUGUACUAUUGCAUAUACCUUUACAUCGCUGGAGUGUGCGAACAAUCAUACAUUCAUACAUACAUACAUACCUACGCUACGUAUACUUAUAAACUCACUUUGACUUAUAGAGAUCUAAAGAAAAUAACAAAAUAAAUAUAAAUACAUACAUAGCCAAAAAAUAGCUGCAAAGCGCCGCGCAAAGUGUGAAAAAGAUUGUUCGAACCACAUUCACAUACUUCUGAGUAUAUCUAAAAUUCUGUUCGCCAAGGCUUUUAGCAUCAGUCAGUGCGCCACAGUACCUACUUGCAAAAUAAAUCGUGUGGCCUACGAGCAUUUAGUUUUUUGUUUUCGCGAAAUUCACCGAAUACUGCACCCACCCUGCCACUCGCCCACUAAGCCCACUUGCCGGUUGUUCGGCCUUGCUCAUCCGCUUCGGUUGACAAUUUUCCCGGCAUCCGCUGUCACUUUUGCUGCUGCUGCCUAGCACUAAAGCUAAAUUAUUCACAGCAUCGGCAUCCUAGUUUUUUUUCGUUUGUAAUCUUCGUUUGCCCACUUCGUGCAUUCUCACAGCUAACUGACUGUCAGUAAGCAGCAUCUAACGUCUGUGAUUCUUCGUCGGACUUCAAGCAUCCGAAUCAUCAUCAUCAUCAUCAUCAUCACCAUAUCCCACAAUAGCAGGCGCCAAAUUCUCGAGUCUCGUCGAGGCAUAGUUGAACUUGCGGCUAAAAUAGGCGAACAGUCUGCUGAAAUCCGUCGUUGUCGUCGUUUGCUCGUAGUCGAUAUUUGCGGCGAAAUAAUUUGUAAAAUUCGUUAUCCGUCCAUGCCAUGCGCGAUAAAAUCACACAACUAUUUUGCUUGCAAAAGAACGCAUGCAAAAAUAAUACAACAGAUAAUAGAGGACAUAAUGUGCCAAUUAAAGUCACGAGCAACGGGACAACGGAUACCAAUGGGUCUCUUGGGGCAGAAGGGCCCGAAACAGAGACCGACUCAUCAGGGACCGGGGGGAUGCGGAAGUCGUUGGAGAGGAAGGGCUCAGCGCCGAACGACGCUAUUCACCUCCAGAGACGGGUGGGACUCUUCAGUGGGGUGGCUUUAAUUGUCGGGACCAUGAUAGGGUCUGGAAUAUUUGUGUCACCUUCAGGUCUACUAGUUCGUACUGGUUCCGUUGGUGUUAGCUUUAUUAUAUGGCUGGCCUGUGGUUUGCUCUCCUUGUUGGGCGCUCUGGCAUAUGCUGAAUUGGGUACGAUGAAUACAUCGUCUGGCGCUGAGUGGGCAUAUUUUAUGGACGCGUUUGGUCCGGCUCCCGCAUUUUUAUUCUCAUGGGUAUCGACGUUGGUCCUGAAGCCAUCGCAAAUGGCUAUAAUUUGUCUCUCCUUUGCUCAAUAUGCAGUUGAGGCAUUCGUUAACGAAUGUGAUCCACCAACAUCGGUGGUUAAAAUGGUUGCACUGCUGGCAAUUGUUAUGAUACUGUUCGUGAAUUGUUAUAGUGUGAAUCUGGGCAUGGCUGUGCAGAAUAUAUUCACCGCUGCCAAGCUGGUUGCCGUCCUGAUUGUGAUCUGCGGCGGCGCCUGGAAACUAUUCCAAGGCAAUACUCAACAUCUGUCGAAUGCAUUUAGUGGCGACACACCCACCAUUGGCGCAAUAGCGACCGCUUUUUACACAGGCCUUUGGGCGUACGAUGGCUGGAAUAAUUUAAACUAUGUCACCGAGGAGAUCAAGAAUCCAAGCAAGAAUUUGCCACGUUCCAUUAUUAUUGGCAUACCUUUGGUGACACUGUGCUAUGCACUCAUCAACAUCUCGUACUUGGCGGCGAUGUCACCCACCGAAAUGAUCGAUUCAGAAGCUGUGGCCGUAACCUUUGGCAAUCGCAUUCUGGGCGCCAUGGCUUGGCUUAUGCCGCUCAGUGUGACAGUAAGCACUUUUGGUAGCGCGAAUGGUACACUUUUUGCGGCCGGACGUUUGUGCUUUGCGGCAAGCCGUGAAGGUCAUUUGAUGGAUAUACUCUCGUACGUGCAUGUACGUCGUCUGACGCCGGCACCUGGAUUGAUUUUCCAUUCUCUUAUCGCCGCCGCAAUGGUUUUGUACGGCACCAUCGGCUCACUGAUUGACUUCUUCAGCUUUACCGCUUGGAUUUUUUAUGGAGGCGCAAUGUUGGCGCUCAUUGUCAUGCGAUACACCAAACCCAACUAUCCAAGGCCAUACAAAGUGCCUAUCAUCAUUCCUGUUGUGGUGCUGGUGAUCUCUAUAUAUCUAGUGGUGGCGCCAAUUAUCGAUACACCACGCAUUGAAUAUCUAUAUGCGCUGCUCUUCAUACUGGGCGGUUUGAUAUUCUAUGUGCCAUUCGUUAAAUUAGGCAUGACACCAAGAUUUAUGAACAAAGUGACGCUGUUCUUCCAGCUGCUGUUGGAAGUGGUGCCAACAUCAUCGAUGUUCGAAUAAAGUUGUUGUUAAUUACAUAUUAGCAAUGACAGAAAAUAUGCAUGAACCGGCUGAGACUAAAAUCUGAGUUGCUUAUGUACGUAUGUUGUAUGUAUGUACAUAAGUAACCAAAAAAAAAAA